AUAAGGAUAAAUUCAAUUCGUCUCGAUGGCUCGAGCGAAUAAAACCCACAACAUUGGGAUAUGGAGGAAGGAUUGUUCGCUAAAGCCUUCGAUGUGGUUAGAUAGACGGCUACUUGAGAAUCGAUUUAAGGAUUUUACUGUUCGACGACAGGAAACUCGACGACGCAACAGCUUGUUGCUCGGUAGGUCAGACCUGACCCUUUUACAGAAGCCUCAAAAAUAGCAUCCCUAAUCCAAUUAGUUUAAUGGAUUACCUAGAUAUCUCGAAGCCCUGAUGUACAAUAGAAUUUGCAGGAGAGAAGUUACAUAUGAUAUCGCCAGAAGAGACUAUGCAGCACAUUUUACCCUUCGUCGAACAAACCGUAAGACUGUCGACGCGAACCUGGAUGAUAAAAUCGUUACGAAUGGCGAGUUGCAAAACCUGUCGAGCUGCAUUCGUCGGACAUGAUUAUACUAAAUCUGUCAAAGUUCUCUCAAGGGUUGACUCAAUGGGGUCAAUACCGUGGGGAGAUGUGGGAAUCGACAGGUGGUCUGUCGGAUCGAAUAGCUCAAUCAACUACCACCGACCCCCCUCCCCGCCCCCCCAUCGAACGUUUCACCAGAUCAGCGAGGUGCGCCUGGCAAGGGUUUCCUCUUCCCUCGACUCCACAGGUCGUUGUUCGACAUCGUUUUGAAAAAAGGACGCUACGAGAGCGACGACUAGGCGAGACCAAUCCGCAGGCGAAAUGACAUCCGCUCAGUUCAACGGAAAGGACGAAACGCUGGCGGAGAGCAUCGGCCGUCGAAAUUCCAUCCCGAUCAUUCACGCCCGGGGAACCCACUACGAAAUCGGUUUCGACAUUGGACGGACGUUCGCUAGCCUGAUUCAAAACUACGUGAAGAAUUACAGCCCGUUGAACGACGUUUCGUUGCCCUUGUACGAAACCGAUGCGGGGCGCAAAGUUUACGAGGAGACGCUGGACUGCGUUAGGGAACAGUUCCCGCAGUACCUGAGGGAAAUUCAGGGGACCGCCGACGGGGCGAAGGUCCCGUUCCACAAGCUGUUCCUGAUGCACUUGGACGAAAUCGUUCCGAGCGCUACGACCGGCUCCUACGGAACUACGCAGGCCGUCGGCUGCUCCUCCAUCGUCUGCAACCAACCCGGACAGGAAAUCUUGGGGCACACCGAGGACGCCCUUGGCGCCACGCUGAACCACUGGUAUCUGGUGUCCGCGCACGUCGUCGAAGAGGGUCUGAGGGAGGAGAAGUUCACCUCCUUGUCCUACGCCGGUUUCCUGCCCGGCUACACGAUGGGCUACAAUCACCACGGCCUGGUGUACAGCAUCAACACCCUUAGCGCCAAGAAGCUGAGGUCCGGCAAGACUCCCAGGUACUUCAUAACCCGCUCUCUGCUCGGGGUUGAAAACUUUGUGCAAGCGCAGAAGACCCUCAGGAACGAGGGGUACGGGGCGGCGGAGGGCUUCUCGGUGAACAUGACCUUUCUAACGCAGGAGGGUGACAGGAUGUUCCACAACGCAGAGGUGGGCCCCGUAGAGCCCAACGCCACCGAGUCCCAGCUGAGUGUCCUCACCGCCAGCCCCGGAGAGCAGUUCUUCCACUGCAACAAGUACCUGAGACUGCGUGUCUCAGAAGACGACGGUCCCAUCAUCCCGAGCAGCGAGCACAGGAUGGCUGCAAUCUCGCGUCACCCUCCGGCAAAGACUCGCCAGGACAUAAUAAACAUUUUGGGGGACCAGACCGACAACGAGUACAGAGUUUUCCAGGAGUUUGGACCCGACGACCCGAUCAAGACCAUCGCCGUUGGAAUAUUUGACUGCAUCGAGAAGACCUGGUCUAUUUACACGGACAAUCCGAAGACCAACGACCCUGUGGUGGUCAUAUCGCUACAGCUGAAUAACAACAAUACGAUCAACGUUUCAAAAAAUCCAACCCCCGUAAUCGGGAACUAGGAAAUCACAGGAGUACGUAAUGAUUCAUGAGUAUAGGCUGAACGAUCUCCCUGCCACUGCCCGGAAACGUCGUCACGUGGACGAGUCGAGUUUCUAGUAUCUCCCGAACCUUCGUUACACGUGAGUGUUGCGAAUCAGUUUCAAUUUUUAAUUUAUAUGUAAAUAUGGAAAUCGAGAGCUGCGAUGUUAGCGACGAUGGUUACGUUCACUCAAAGACAGGUACGGUCAUUUUAAAAAUAUAAAACAAUUAAUUCCUCUUCGGUUAGCCAGGUAUAUUGAAUAAAAAUACUAAGAAUUAAUGUACACUGAUUAAAUAAAUAUAUUUCACCUUA